AUGUCGACAACUACAACCCAAUCCGAGACGGUUCUGAGAACCAGGCUCGAGACGAGCCAACAUCCCAAGCCGCUGUCUCUCUCUGGAGCUCUUGAUCGCUUCGAGUCUGAGGAGCUGACGCCCGUAAUUGGCCGUGAAUAUCCCAGUGUCAAUCUGGUCGACGACAUUCUCAAUGCCUCCAACUCUGACGAGCUUGUUCGUGACCUUGCCAUCACCAUUUCCCAGAGGGGUGUCGUCUUCUUCCGUGCUCAGGACAACCUGACCGAUGACCUACAAAAGGUGCUGGCUCAGCGCCUUGGUGAGCUCGUCAACAAGCCAAAGGAGUCGACUCUGCACAUCCACCCACUUCUCAAUGGCACUGAUGAGUUUGGCGUCGCCGACAACGAAAUCAGCACCAUCUCAUCUCAGGGUUUCAAAGCCCUGGCUGUCGGCUACAAGGAUCGAGAUGAUCGCAAGGGCGGUGCUGCUUCUUGGCACAGCGAUAUUCAGUUCGAGGAGUUCCCAGCUGACUACACGAGCCUACGCUUGACCCAGCUCCCGUCAACGGGUGGUGACACCCUGUGGGCGUCAGGCUACGAGAUCUACGACCGCUUCAGCGACCCCUGGCAGAAGUUCUUGGAGGGCCUGACAGCGACCUUCAAGGGCGAGGGAUUCAUCAAGGCUGCUGAUGCUCGCCCGGACAAGUUCAAGAUCUACGAAGAGCCACGUGGCAACCCCGCCAACAUCGGUCGUGGGCUUACGGCGGUUCAUCCAGUUGUGCGAACCAACCCAGUUACUGGUUGGAAAUCCAUCUUCGCGAUUGGCAAUUUCCCUCAGCGCAUCAACGAGCUGAGUGUACGCGAGAGCAAGGAGCUGCUGGAGCUUCUAUACAAGAGGAUCGAGGAGAACCACGACCUACAGGUCAGGUUCAAGUGGAGAAACAAGAAUGACAUCGCAAUCUGGGAUAACCGCAGUGUGUUCCACAGCGCGACCAACGACUACGAUACUCUGGGUGACCGUGUAGGCCACCGGGCUGUUGGAAUCGGCGAGAAGCCAUACUUGGACCCCCAAAGCCAGUCAAGGACAGUUGCUCUCAGCAAGAAUUAG